AUGGGCUUUAACAGUCGCGUCAAGUACGAGCUGACCGGAAGGCGCCUCCUCUGGAACGUCUUCUUCUACAUCGGUCAUAUCCUCGUCUUCAUCUACGGCUGGCUCAAGCAAGCGCGCGAUGCACGCCUCGCCGGGCUCAACACGCUCAAGUACAGCGUCUGGACUUCGCGAGGCGCCGGACUCUGUCUCGGAAUCGAUGGCCUCUUCCUCGUCCUGCCGGUCCUCCGCAAUACUAUCCGCCUCGUCCGCCCCGUCCUCGGCCGUCUCAUCCCGCUCGACGAAAACCUCUGGAUGCACCGCCAGUUCGCCUACUCGCUGCUCUUCUGGACCAUUGUGCACACCACCAGCCACUACGUCAACAUGUACAACGUCGAGCUGACGCAGAUCCGCAAGGAGGUUGCCUGGGCCAUCCUGUUCACCCAGCCCGGUGGCUUCACCGGCCAUGUCAUGCUCGUCCUCAUGCUCCUCGUCUACACGACCGCACACGCCAAGAUCCGCAAGCAGUCGUUCGAGGCAUUCUGGUACACGCACCACCUCGUCGCCUUGAUCCUCUUCUGCCUCUACGUCCACGCUGUCGGCUGCUUCGUCCGCGGCGCUCUUCCCGGCCAGCCGGUCCGCUGUCUCGGCUACUACUCGUGGACGUGGACAAUCUGGGGCGGUAUCGCGUUGCUGCUCGAACGCAUCGUCCGCGAGAUCCGCAGCCGCCGCGCCACCAAGCUCAUCGCCGUCCUCCUUCAUCCGCAAGGCGCUGUCGAGCUCCGCUUCGUCAAGCCGUCAUUCCGCUACAAGUCCGGCCAGUGGCUCUUCCUCAAUGUUCCGGCGGUCUCGCCGUUCCAGUGGCACCCGUUUACGAUUUCGUCGGCGCCGGAGGACCCGUACGUCUCGGUGCACAUUCGCCAAGUCGGGGACUGGACGCGCGCCCUCGGCCUGCUUCUCGGCUGCGACUCCGCCACAGUUGCUCGCUUCUCGACGUCCUUCGAGUCUGUCGACCUGGCUGAGAAGGCCAAGCUCGAUUCGCCGCCUGGCUACCUUGAAGCAGUCAACGACGGCUCAGGCGACUUUCACGACGUGACUUCGGGCGCCCUCGACGCCGUCGGUUCGCUUCCGACGAUUCGCAUCGACGGACCGUUUGGCGCGCCGACGCAGGAUGUGUUCCGCCACGAAGUUGCUGUCCUCAUCGGCGCCGGUAUCGGCAUCACCCCCUUCGCCUCGGUUCUCAAGACGAUCUGGUACAAGAUGCAGCAGAACCGUCUCGGCGCUCUUCGUCGCGUCCAGCUCGUUUUCAUUGUCCGCAACACUGCCGACGUGUCGUGGUUCCACUCGCUCUUCCGCCAGCUCGAGGAGAGCUCGACCGACCCCGACUUUUUCACCAUCCGCAUCUACCUCACGCAGCCCGUCUCCUCCGCCAUGCUCGCCAACAUCGCCGUCCAGUCAGACGAGUUCGACGCCGUCAGCGGGCUCACUUCGCAGACGCACUUCGGCCGGCCCGACUUUGACGUCUUCUUCCGCGAGCUCAGGACCAAGAUUGACGUCGGCAUGUACCUGCCUGGUCAGGAGAGCUCGCUCACGACGGAUGUCGGCGGGGCGCACCAUCUCGCCGCUCCACUUUGGGUCAAGCUGAUUUCGAUUCUCGCUGUUGCCAGUCUUCUACUGCGGCCCGCCUGGUCUCGCGAAGGAGCUCAAGAGCAAGGCGAAGAAGGCGAGCAGCGAGGCUGUCCGCUUCGUCUUCAAGAAGGAACACUUCUAAUCGCCUGUUCGACCUCCGCUUUUCCCCUCCACGUGUUUCAUCGUCUCUCACGCGUCCUCCGCCUUUCUGCACGCUUUGCGCCCCGCCCGCUUUCUCAGGCUUUCCCUCUCGCUCUGUAG